CACUCCUCCAUCCUCGACCUCCCGCUCAGGCAACCCAGUUCUUCGCCUACCGCCCUUGCGGCGUUGUCUCUCUCAUUGCGCCAUGAACAGGUCUACCAACACACUGAAGCGCACUUUUCACCCCAAGGCUUCCCCUCAGUGGAACAAUCACUUCGGGCCCAUCUGCCGCCGGCACUACCUGCAACCCUUCACGCGCAGCUAUGCGUCUUCGCCGCUACAAUGGGCGCGCUCGAAUUCCCGCAUAUCGACUGUGUUUACAGUCCUUAUUGCGCUAGGCCUGGGAUCCACCGCAUAUGGCGUAUAUGAAUUCUACUCUAUGUUCACUAUGUGGCCGCAGGAAGUUCGAGGCGACUUGCGCGCCGGCAUCAAGGCCAAGAACCAAGGUGACUUCAUUUUAAGCGAGCGAUACCUUCGCCGCGCAUACGAAACUGCACUCGCUCUUCCGCUCGCCACAUUCUCGCCCUCACCCCACCUCAAGCUCUCCGGCAUAGCCAUCGCGCUCGCGUCCACGCUCGAAGCCGCCGACCGCCCAGAGCCCGCGUUCGAAGUCUACACCGACGCCCUGUCUCGCCUACGCGCCGCCAACGCCGCAUCACCGCUCACGGGCCCCGAGCGAAUGCGCGCGGUCGCGAUCGCAUCCAAACUCGGAGAGAUGGCGGAGACGUACCAGCUGCCCGUCGCGGAGGAGGAGCGCUGGCUGACUUACGCCGUCGAGGAGCUCCUGCGCAUCCUCCGCGACGAGACUAGGAAGGGCGAGCUCGUCGUUGAAGGCGAGGCGCAGGAGGGGAGCAUCCCGCUGAUGCUGGCGGAGCUGGAGAUGCCACCGUGGGUGACGAAGACGGACGUUGGAGCGCCUUUGGAGGCCCUUGGCCGGUUCUACGCGAGGGAAGGAAACGUCGAGUAUGCGAUGCCUUUGUAUCUACAGGCUAUCAGCCUGCUCGUCCCUCCGCCUUCGAGUAAAAAGAAGGCGACGGUGGAGGAGCGGUGCAGAGGAGCGCAGCUAAUGAACAACCUCGCGGAGCUGAGCAUCCGUGGCAAGCAAUCCGACGAGCAGCGGGCGCAGGCCAUCGCAUGGGCACAGCAAGGGCUCGCCACGAUCGAAAAGACAAAGGCUUCUGGUGGUGACCCCGAAGAACUAUGGCUGUGCGAGCAGACUCUUGCGGCUGUGCUCUUCAAUCUCGGAUCCCUUCACGAGAUGGGUGGUGAUAUGGACCAGUCGCGCCAGCUGUUCAAGCAGAGCCUCGAACAAGCACAGAGCAUCAAGAUGCGCGAGGGCGUCAUCGAAGCCCAGACAGCGCUCCGGCGGCUCGACCGUCUUUCAAAACGUGCCACCCCUUCCCUUCCUACCGCCUCUCCGCCCGCAAGUAAUUCCACAUAGAGCACU